AUGCGCGUCAUUAAGCCUACGUGGCUGAGCCAUAGCGGCGAGCAGAAGGACUUUGAGGUGUACAGCUGUCACGUAUCCUCCGACGGGAAACGACUCGCGACCGCUGGUGGCGAUGGCCAUGUCAGAGUGUGGUCGACAGAGGCUAUCUAUGGCGAUGCGAAUGGCGACGCAGAAGGCAAGCCCAGACAGCUCUGCCACAUGAGCCAUCACCUCGGCACAAUCCAUUCUGUCCGCUUUUCGCCAAACGGUCGAUAUCUCGCAUCAGGCGCCGACGACAAGCUUAUCUGCGUCUAUCACCUCGACAAGAGCCCUCCAGUUGCCUCCUUUGGACUCGGCGCCGAACCUCCACCAGUCGAGAACUGGAAGACAUACAAGCGACUAGUCGGACACGAGAACGACGUCCAGGACCUUGCCUGGUCCUACGAUUCUUCAAUACUCGUGUCGGUCGGCCUCGACUCCAAGAUUGUCGUCUGGUCGGGCCACAGCUUUGAGAAGCUCAAGACCAUAACCGUCCACUCCAGUCACGUAAAAGGCAUCACCUUUGACCCUGCAAACAAGUUCUUCGCGACCGCCAGCGACGACCGAACAAUCAAGAUCUUCCGUUUCACGCCCCCUGCCCCGAAUGCGACACAACAUGACAUGGUGAACAACUUCGUCCUCGAGCAAACAAUUAGCGGACCCUUUAAGAGUUCGCCAUUGACUACAUACUUCCGACGGUGUUCCUGGUCCCCUGACGGUAACCACAUCGCCGCUCCAAACGCCGUCAAUGGCCCGGUCAGUUCAGUCGCCAUCAUCGAGCGGACACGAUGGGACAGUGAGAUUAACCUGAUCGGCCACGAGGGGCCGACCGAGGUCUGCAUGUUUUCUCCACGUCUGUUUCACACGGAGAACCCGGUGGAGCAACCCGACAAUAAUGCGCUCGUUACUGUCAUCGCGUCUGCAGGCCAAGACAAGACGCUCAGUAUUUGGAACACAAACACAUCAAGACCCGUAGUCAUUCUGCAAGACGUCGCCAGCAAAUCCAUUUCCGACCUGGCUUGGUCACCCGACGGGACCACCAUCUUCGCCGCCAGUUUGGACGGCACACUCCUAGGAAUUUCGUUUGAUCACGGAGAGCUGGGCUGGGUUGCGGAUGCUGGCGAGAAUGACAAGGCUCUUCAAAAGUACGGCGCGUCAAGAAAAGGCAUGGGAAUCGCAGAGGAUAUAGAAGGUCUGAACCUGGAGAACCAAAGUAAAGCUGGCGAAUCUCGUGCUGCAGAGUCCAGGAUGGGCGCUCUGAUGGGGGACCCGGGAUCUUCCAAGGGAGCAACCGCUGCAACCAAUGGUACCAAAACGGUCGGCAACGGGACAGGUGCCUCGACUCCAAAGCCCACCAACGGGAAUGUCGAGUCCGAGAAAGAGAGGGAGAAGCCGGCCGAAGAGAAUGGCGACAAGUCAGUGGAGAGAGUCAAGGAGCUCAAGUCACGGGUGACGGUCGGCAAGGACGGUAGGAAACGUGUUGCGCCACUCCUGGUGUCCUCGUCUGGCACCGGCCAGUCAUCUCUUCCGCAAACUCAACUGGUGGGCUCCACGUCGACCUCGAAAGCUGCCCAGAACGACACUCCGCAGACCAUUCUGGAUCUCGAAAGGCCCUUUGAAGGACUUCCCAAAGGUGGCGUAGCUGCCAUGUUGCUCGGUAAUAAGCGCAAGGCCCCAGUUCUCGAGGGCGAGGAAGAAGAGGAUCAUGGAUCAAAACGGCAGACAACAGGACCAACACCUGUGGUGCUGAACGGCGUCGACGGCGUCGAGGCCGCGUCAGUCGUGCCGGCUGCCUAUGGCGUUUUACCCACACCCGAGUAUCUUCGGCCCGCGGUAUUGAACCCAUCAAUCGCCUUUGCGCAGAUCCGGUUGGCGGUGCCAAAGGUUAGGUCUCAGAUUGUGAGGCCUCUUGAAAAAGGAGUCUUACUUCCUGAAAGCAGCACAGACGAUGCUUCCAAGGUGCCCGAAAACAUUAUCCUCGAAGCCCGAAACCCCGUUCAGAUCAGGGAUCCCUCCUUCAUUUCUGCUACCAAGCGUGGUGCGCUGCUUUGGCAGGACUACUUACCCAGAGCAGUCAUCCUCGUCACAGGCAACAAGAACUUUUGGGCAGUGGCGUGCGAAGAUGGCAGCAUCUACACCUGGACGCCUGCUGGACGGCGGUUAAUGAAUCCAAUAAUCAUGGAAUCCCAGCCAGUCAUGCUGGAGUGCCGGAACAACUAUCUACUGUGCAUCAAUGCUGUCGGCUUGUGCCACGUCUGGGAUCUCCAAAGACAAGCAGCUUUACAUCCACCAGUAUCCCUGGGUCCCGUCCUCGAGCUCGCGACAACAACGCUCAACCUCAACACGACAACACCAGGUCCCGGCAUCACAUCAGCCCAGCUCAACUCGACUGGACACAUUGUGGUGACGCUCACCAACGGAGAUGGCUACUGCUACACCCGAGAUAUGUUUACGUGGCAGAGAGUCAGCGAAGCCUGGUGGGCUGUUGGCUCCCAGUACUGGAACAGCAACGAUUCAUCAAUCGGCGCGCUGCAGUCAACUGCCGUUGGUCCUGUCACUCCCGCGAAACCCAAGGACGAUAGUACGGCCAACGUCUCCGCCGGCAUCAUUCCCUACCUCGAGAGGCAUACCACGAAUGAAUUCCUGCUCAAGGGCCGUGCCUACACCUUGCAGCGUAUCGUCAAGGUGUUGGUGACAAAGGACGGCUAUGAGGGCUUCGAGUCAACGGUGAGUAUUGCUCACCUCGAGAACCGAAUCGCUGCCGCUCUGCAUUUGGACGCCAGGGACGAGUUUCGCCUGUACUUGUUCAUGUAUGCGAAGCGUCUUGGUGCCGAGGGCCAUCGGGGCAAGGUCGAAGAGCUGCUCAACAGCUUGCUUGGUGGUAUCCUGAGGGACAAGGAUGACAAGCUGAGUGACGGUGGCCGGGGAUGGUUCAGCCAGGAGGACGAGAUAUGUGGCUGGGACCGCAAGGAGCUCCUGAAGGGCGUCGUCAUGAUUCUCGGUAAAUUCAGAGAACUCCAGAGACUGACCAUCCAAUACGCGCGUGUCCUCGACCUGAACCUCGAGAGCGACGGGGCGAUGGAAAUCGAGUCAUGA